AGCUAUAUGACUGAUAAUGUGAUUUCUGUGAAAUUCGUAUUGGUGUUUAUAACGCGACCGUGAAGAGUAUUCUAAAACUAUAUAAGUUAAACUCAAAAGAAUGACUCCGCAUACCAUAACGACGUUCGUGCGAUAAGUAUGGAUUUGCUUCUAGUAAAAUGAACGGCAGUUCUAAUUUUAGUUUCAUUCUUGCACGUUGGAGACAUUAUCCGCCUCUCGCAAAAGAAGUAUACAUAGUUAUUAUUGUUGUCAUAGUGUUGACGCUGAUUUUGGGGACCCUUGGAAAUAUUUCUGUUGUAUUUCUUUUCGCCAAGUACAAAAGUUUGCGGACGAUCCCCAACAUUCUGCUGUUGAAUUUGACGGUCGCGAGUCUCCUGAUGUGUGUCUUCUGUCUGCCAAUUAUCAUCGUUCAUUGCGUCGUUGAUUUGUCCAACUACCCAGCCCAAGUGCAGGCGUUUGUUUGCAACGUGGACGCAUUUAACGGUGCUUUUGUGGGGUUUAGCGAAAUCCUGUCUCUUACAGCGCUAGCCAUCGAUCGGUGCAACGUGAUAUCACGACAAGCCGAUGUACGUCGGUCAGGAAGCAAAAACUUCUCCUACUGCAGCAUUGCUUUCAUUUUCGUUAUUUCGUUUACAUCUGCAUUAGCCCCGUUGUUGGGAUUCGGCAAGUUUGUGCAGGAUGGCUCAGAAAUAUUCUGCACAUUUGAUUUCUUCACAAGGAGUGUUAAGAAUAUAACGUUCAAUGUUCUCAUCCAACUUACCUUCUUUACGAUUCCUUUCAUCGUCAUAGUGACUUGUUAUACGUGUAUUUAUCUAACUGUGAGAAAACAUGAACGAAAAUAUUUCCAUUCCCAAAAGGGAAUUGAUAACCAUGAGUGCACCCUGCGGCGCAUUUGUAGAGAAAGAAUACAGGUGAGGACUGAAGUCCAAAUCGCCAAAGUGACUGUGAUAUCCGUGUCUGUGUUCUGUAUCUCCUGGUUUCCAUACGCCAUGGUAGCCCUCAUUGGGCUGUUUGGUGAUUGUGAAGGUAUAACUCGCAUGGUUACAACUAUUCCAGCUGUAUUCGCCAAAGUGUCGACAGUCUUAAAUCCGAUUUUAUACGUGCUACUUCAAGGACAGUUCAAGAAAAAAAUGGAUUUCCUUUUAUACAAAAGACCCGACAGUUCUCGUCUAAUGUCCACUUCGGAGCCGAAAAGUACUAUGUGAUACAUAAUGAAGACGAUUGCCAUUGUUGAUGUUGAUAAACAUUUACAUUCACAGUUUCAAUUUCCACUAAUUAUUGCAAUUGUGAAAAUUUAUCGUAUA